AUGACGUCUUUUGACCUCGAAGAAGCGGAACUCCCACCUCCAUAUACAGCCAUUGCCAGCCCAGAUGCCAGUGGUAUUCCAGUAAUAAACUGCCGUGUGUGCCAAUCUCUCAUCAAUCUGGAUGGCAAGCUUCACCAGCAUGUGGUUAAGUGUACAGUGUGCAAUGAAGCGACACCAAUCAAAAACCCCCCAACAGGAAAGAAGUAUGUUAGAUGCCCUUGUAAUUGUCUCCUCAUUUGUAAGGACACAUCUCGGAGAAUUGGAUGUCCAAGACCUAACUGUAGACGCAUCAUUAACCUGGGUCCAGUCAUGCUUAUUUCUGAAGAACAGCCAGCUCAACCUGCAUUGCCAAUCCAACCAGAAGGUACAAGAGUUGUGUGCGGCCAUUGUGGAAACACAUUCCUGUGGAUGGAAUUGAGGUUCAACACUCUGGCGAAAUGCCCACAUUGCAAAAAAAUCUCCUCCGUGGGCAGUGCACUUCCACGUAGACGCUGUUGUGCAUACAUUACAAUUGGAAUGAUAUGUAUUUUCAUUGGCAUCGGAUUAACUGUUGGCACCCAAGAUUUUGCCAGGCGUUUUCACGCAACCUAUGUUUCCUGGGCAAUUGCUUAUCUCUUGGGUCUGAUCUGCCUUAUCCGAGCUUGCUACUGGGGAGCCAUUAGAGUCAGUUAUCCAGAACAUAGUUUUGCAUAAACUUGCUUGUGAUCCUGUAAUGAGGUGAGACUAUCUAGCACUUCCUGAAAAGAAACUCUGGACAUCUUUAUAAACAAGUUCUCCCAGUGGAUUCCAUUCUGACUCAUGUAUACUAGUUUCAAGACUUUGGGAGUCUUUUAUGAACAAAUAUUGAUUGCACUACAUUAUAUGCAAAUAGUUUGGUUUGCUUCUAGGUUUUCAAGCUCUGAAUAAUAAUACCAUCGUGUUUUCACGUCCUUUUACGUUUCCGAAAAGCAUUUUGGAUACCCCACCCCCACCGCCCUGACCCCAAUCAUUGCUUCUAAUAUCAGCCACUCAUUAUUUUAAAAUCAGUUGCUUCAUAAUUUGUUAGUCUGUGAAUGCAGUCAGCCCUCUACAUCCCCGGGUUCUGCAUCCCAGAAUUCAGCCAAACACAGAUUGAAAAUGUUCUGAAGAGGGUGGGGGUAUGAGAAAAAGCAAUGAAGUGAUCAAAACAAACCCUCAAAGGCAAAGAGAGAACAUAACAUGUUACUUUCAUAGCAUUUACAUUCUAUUAGGUACUGUUUGUAAUAUAGAGAUGAUUUAACGUAUAUGGGUUGGGGGAGUGCAAGGAUUAUCCAAGUUUGAGUGCGUAUAGGGAUUCUGGAAGCAACCACUUUCCCCAUCCUCCACCCUGCAGACACUGAUGGAUGACUGAGUUCCCAAGAAGUAUUUACAAGGCUUUCUAUGAUAGCUUCACAUUUAUACUUACCUUUUAACUAGAUGAUAUCAAAAUUGCUUGCUUUAAAAUCUAAGCAAUAUGCAUUUUGCUUGAACUGCUUACUGUAACUUUAACCUAAGAUCAUAAUGAUUUUAUUCAGGAAGAAAUUUUGAGUGUACCUUCAAAGACUUGACACUGUUGUUAGAGAAAAAAAAAAAACAUUUCUAGAUAAUGUAUGUUUGGUUUUUUGUUGUUUGUAGAGAGAUACAAUAUUUUGCUAGUAAUUUAAAAUACAAAAAUGAAAAUAUUUAUUUGUCCACAGUUGGAGAUAAUGUUGGAUAAAUGUCUUUUUUCAAGGAUCAUAGGAUUUUUUGACUUUCGUUUUUGUCUGUUUUCUUUACCAAUUAUAAAUUUUUUGUCUGGAUUUGUGGAAUUCAAUGUUGAUCAACUGUAUGUAUUCCUUUAUAGAGCCAAGAGGAGGUAUUUCAUAUAACAUGUUUUAUAAUACUUGACCAUUUAAACAAAGGUAUAUUUAUAUUGGGUUGCCUUCUUUUCAUUAGAACCAUGAAACAUUUUCCUUAUUGGGAUAAUUAUGUAUUACUUAUAUGUGAAGGAAGCCUAUGGCAUUUUACACUAGCUAAAAUGUUGAGAUUGUAGUUUAUUUUAACCAUUCUUCUCAAAUAUGGGGGGAAGGGUGUCAGAUAGUUACCCAAUUUAUUAAAAAACAAAAUAAAACACAUCAGAAACACAAAGCAACUUAGUUUUCUAAGAAUUCACUAGGACUUAAGAAAUCAGCUCUCACACUGCCUCUCUUUGCAGUAAAAAAGAAAUUGCUUCAUUGAGAAAAACUAUUCUAAAGUCUUUAAUGCAGUUGAAUUAGAUAAUGAGAUGAUCUGAGCAAAUUAAUUGACUAUUCCAGGGAUAAGAAUAAUAAUGUAAAUUAUUUAUGUACCUGAUUAACAUUUAAAACGUACUUAUCAGAGAGUUUGGAACAAAAUAAAUGUAAACUUCAAAGAAUAAAUGAUAAUUGUAAAAAUACAGUAGCUCAGGAUCAUAUGUACCUUUGAAAAUACACUAAUAAAGAUAACUGUUCAAAAAUUA